AUGGCUGACAGCGAGUUUGAAGAAUUUCGUCGAGUUUUCGAUAAAUUACCGCAGCAUAUCAAAGCCCCAUCAUCAUUUUACUCAUUGGUGCCAAAUGUGGGAUUGGUGGACGAAUCGCCAUCAUCCAAAAGUGAUGGUUCACCAGAAGAUGAUAAAGGGGGGGUUGGAGAUGCCGAAACGGUAAACAGCUCAACAGGAGCUGCGGAUGCUUCGGCAGCAAAUCAAGGCGACGUCACCGAUUCACAAUGCAGUCCUAGACAUCAAAAUUUUACCAACGGCGAAAGAAAACGAAGAAAACUUCCAGAAAUACCAAAGAAUAGAAAAUCUACAGUCAUGGGUUCAAAUCAGCCCGCUUCCCUGGCAGAUGAAUUAGGGGCACUAUCAGGUGGAAUAGUUCGCCCGGCAGGUCAAAGUCGACCAUUGUUAGUACUGAAGUGUGGAUACCUCCUCGACGAAGACUCCAGUCCAGAUUCAGAAAGACUACAAAGUCUUGGGGAUGUAGACAGCGGCCACAGUACUGCACAUUCACCUAUCGAUACCGGCCCAAAGAGCUUAUCGCCAACGCCACUUCAACAAAAUGUGUCACCAACCUCAAGCUGCAGCAUCAGUGGUACAAAUUACUCUGGCAAUAUGACAACAGUUCCGCACAGCCAUCUAGAGAUAUUAGAAGCGACCCACAGGGGCCUAUACAAAUUCAAUCCUAGACAUCACGAUGAACUUGAACUAGAAAUAGGAGAUCCCAUUUACGUUCAAAAAGAAUGUGAAGAUUUAUGGUCUGAAGGAGUUAAUUUAAGGACUGGCCAGCAAGGAAUUUUUCCUUCAGCAUAUGCAGUCGACAUGGAAUAUAACGACUUUGAUCCAGCUAAUGUCAAGAUUAAAAGGGAAAGAUAUCUCCUCGGGUACAUGGGAUCAGUUGAGACCUCGGCCCAUAAAGGUACAGCUGUUGUAUGUCAAGCGGUUAAAAAAAUUGUUGGAGAUUAUACUGGAGAUUUCGAAACACAGACGUGUAUUUUGGAAGUUUCUGACCAAGGCCUACGCAUGGUUGAUCGUACAAGACAUGAGACGAAAGGAGUGAAAGCGCCGUGCCUUGAUUAUUUCUAUUCAUUGAAGAACGUAUCUUUCUGUGCGUUUCAUCCACGUGACCACAGAUAUCUUGGCUUCAUCACUAAACAUCCAACUUCACAAAGGUUUGCAUGUCACGUUUUUCGAGGGAUGGAAUCCACAAGACCGGUAGCUGAAUCUGUUGGGAGAGCAUUCCAGAGAUUUUAUCAGAAGUUUAUAGAAACAGCAUACCCCAUAGAAGACAUUUAUAUAGAAUAAGUUUAGUUUAAGGACGUAUAACGUAUCAAUUCAGCAAUAUUAAAAAGCUUUCACACUUUUGCCGAAGACUAAACGUUAGAGACAACAUAUUUAUAUUAUAUUUUGAAUAAAAUAAUGUACAUUUAUAGUUAAAUGUACUUAUCGUAACUGGUUCAUAAAUAAUAAUAAUUAAGCAUAUAUCUAAAACAACCAGUCAGAAAAAUAUCUGUGAAUACUGGCUUUAAGAAACGAUUUAUUUCGUUAAUAAUAGCUAUGCCUUCUGAGGAUAUUUACUUAAGUAAAAAGCAAUCACAUUUACAGUAAUUUUUCAUAUGUUAUAUUAAAAAGGACGUGGUUUGUAUUAAGGAGUAAUAAUUGUAAUCGAUGCCUUGCAUUGCGCCUUGCUUGCUAAGGUUAUUCUUUAUUAAGAGGAGUAAAAUUAAUAUAUAAAUAAAAAUAAG